CCACUACUUAAACCCAUGACCUGGAAGUCACACGGAGACAAUUUUAAUAUUGCUCCAAGGUUUCCUGAACAACUUUAUUAUUGCUCCGACGCUUUGCCAACCAAACCAAAUAAAUUUUGCCCUUUACUUAUGUAUAAAAAAAAACAAGAAAACUGUGAAAAAAUGGAAGGUGGACUUCCCAUGCUAAAUUGUCUACUACAGCACACACUUAGAAGUCUCUGUACUUGCUCUGAGUGGGUCUAUGCUGUUUUCUGGAGAAUUGUCCCCAGAAACUAUCCUCCACCUAAAUGGGAUCAUGGAGGAAGCUUGCUUGAUCGCGCUAAAGGAAACAAGAGAAAUUGGAUUCUUGUUUGGGAAGAUGGUUUCUGUGACUUUUAUGAAUGUGAAAGAUCCAAAAGGGAAUAUGGGAGGAUAAAGUUUGGUCCUGACAUCUUCUUCAAAAUGUCUCAUGAGGUUUAUUCUUUUGGUGAAGGAUUGGUGGGCAAAGUUGCAGCAGAUAAUAGUCACAGAUGGGUGUUUAAAGAUGCCUCAAAUGAAAAAGAUUCAAGCUUUAUUUGCUCAUGGAAUCUGUCCAUUGAACCUCAACCAAGAGCCUGGGGAGUUCAGUUUAAUUCAGGCAUUCAGACUAUUGCAAUUAUAUCUCUUAGGGAAGGCAUCAUUCAGCUUGGCUCAUUUAAUAAGGUUCUUGAAGAUCUCAAUCUAGUAGUAAGCAUUCAGAGGAAAUUCAGCUACCUCCAAAGCAUACCAGGCAUUUAUGCAAUUCAGAGACCUUUUCCACCAAUCCAACAUCCAUACAGUUACAAGGCAAACAAUGUCAAUCUAGUUAAUGAGACAGACUAUGGAAUGGACGAUAAACACCAGCUAAUUGGGUCUAAAAGACUUCUUGGUGAUCGAUUAAUUCACGAGUUUCCAGUCAAGUCCAUCAAUUUAGGUGAUAAUAGCCCACAAAGCAUGGCUAGUCUACCUCUGUGGUCGAUGUCUGCAACAGCACCGUCUUGUUAUGCUAAUGCAGUACAUGACAUGAAUACUUUUCGCGACAGAGUUAUGAGGAACACUACAAGCAAGAAUGUCAAGGCUAAUGGAUUAAAUCAUUUAAAGUUUGGGACAGCCAAUGAAGAUGGAAAAUAAGGUAGUUGAAGUAGCUCCAAAUCCAAAUUAAUUGCAUUUUAGUAACAUACUGCAAAAGGUCUUUAAGUAUAUAUGGGGCAUUGUUCAAGUGUACAGAGGGACCGUUUGCUGGUUGUUAGCUUAACUUGGCAACAAUGUACUGAGUAAUUUGUUUACAUGAUAAUGACAUACUAGUAAUCUUUAGCAA